AAAAUUAAACCGUCCAUCGAUUGGCAAUUUGGAGUCAUCGAGCUCAAGAUAAGAAUUCAUUACUCAUCCGAUCUUGAAAUCUCUUUAACCAUCAAUUUCCAAACUAUCAUGUCAGAAGAAGAAACCAUCUUACUCACUUUACCAAACGUAACAAUCUAUCAACAAGACAUCAAGAAUCCAAAUGAAACUUUACUUUUAAAUCAAACCACCUUAAAAAUAAAAUUAUUAGAUAUACCAUCUAAUACAUUGAUUAACAUUCCAACUACAUCAAAUCCUCCUUCAUAUAUAGAUUCAGAAAGUUUAAAAUCUCCUAUCAUCGAACUUAAAACUUAUUUAGUUUUAUCUUUUGAUGAUGAAUUGAUCGAAAUCCCUUUAACAACAGAUAUCGAAAUCAAAUUUAAAUCUCCUAAUUCUUAUUUGAUUCCAAUCGAUUCUAAUUCAAAUUCGAGCAAUAAUGAUCAAGAUCAAAAGAAUGGAAAAAAUAAAGAAAUCGAACUUGACUUGAAUUUACUUAAAUCUCAACAAGAAAGUUUUAUUAGAUUAGAAUUAAAUGAUCAGGAUCAAAUCGAUCAUGAUUUAUUUGAUACUUUUGAUAAUAUUCUUUCAAGUUAUACGAAUUAUUCUGGUCGAAAUCCUUCAAAUCUUACAACGACUAAUUUUUCAAAUCAAGUGGAUCAAAAACCAAUCAAUCAAAAAGCUAGACUCGCUCUUAUGGAUGAAAGAACCGGUAUGAUUUGUGGAGAAUUAGAAUCCGAAAUAAUAGUAGAAGACCUACCGAAUUCUAAACCAAAUUCAUCAUCCACCCCAAUUCAUAUGCCACCAAAGCCUACAUCAAGCUCGGUACAAUCAGCAGAAACAGUAAUAGUUUCUUUACCUUCUCCAGGAUCUCAAUCAUCUCAACAAACUUCACCAAUAGUCAAGAUCAAUUCAACUUCUUCAUCUAAAGGUUCAACUUUACUAGAAGGUGCUGAAUUAAUCUCACGAGGAAUCGUCACAGGUGCAGACAUUCUUACGCGUCUGAUGAACUCUUCAAGUUCAAGUUAUCUUUCGAAAGCUCCACCAGCAACAACACCUAUGACGUUCUCUCCAACUGCUAAAGCAAACUCUCAACGAUUGUUAAAGGUUUCAAAGACGGCUAAUCAAGUUAGUUCUAAGACGGUUCGAUUGAUUGGAGGGCUUGCUUCUAAAGUGGGAGAUCAAAUUGGAAAAUCAGCUGGGAUUCAACAUGUCCCUGGUCAAGCACCACCUACCGGUACUCGUGGAUAUGUACAUAAUGGUAUUCGAGCUUUUGCUACUGUGAUGGAAACAGUGGAAACAAGUGGUAAGAAAGUCUUAUCAACAGCUUCAUCAUCAGCCGCUUCUGUAGUACGUCAUAAGUAUGGUGAAGAAGCAGGUCAAUUAGCUGAUGAUACCACUCAAAGUAUUCAACAUGUCGUUUUGGUCUAUGUUGAUGCAAGUGGAAUGACAAGAAAAGCUUUAUUAAGAUCAGCAGGAAAAGCAGCUGUGAGAGGUAGAAUGAAAGAUGGUAGAGAAGUCAUCUUUGGUGAUGAUGAACAUGUGAAUCAAUGGAAUUCCAUGGAUCCUAAUCUAACUGAUCAGAAACAAACCGUGGCACCAAAACUUCCUUCGAGAAAGAAUUGAUCGAGUCGUUUUCUGUCUAUUCACUUGUUUGAUUUUUAGGAAAUUUAGAUUUGUAGAUUAAAAUUGUAUCGAAUAUGCACGAUAUUCUUUAGAAAAAAUGUUUGUUUGGAAUCUUCAGUCCUUUGUAUACAACUUUGACUAUUUGUCCAUUGGACUACUCCUCUGAAAUCGGAUUUAAUUUUAUUCGGAUGAUCGCAAAUCAUAGUGAGAGAAUUAAAACCAUGUGUCAGAUCUAUCUUGUAGAGAUCAUAACUCUUGAUAUUGCCUGUGGAAUCCCAAGUAACAUUUUGGGAAUACUUCCUGGAUGUAUAGCUUUAAGCUACAACUUGAGGUCAGGAUUCCAAAGUUGAUAAAAUUGUCUACGUAGAUGUCAUUCAGCUUCUUUUGCUUCAGGUUUUACAAAACAAUAGUCCAAGUUUUGUGUUGGUGGAGGGUUCAAGAAAUAUUGUGGGAAUUCAAAAGUGAUACCUGCACCACCUUGUAAUAAGAAUGAAGCUAUGAGUACUGUUAAUUGAGUUCCAACUGUCAAAGCUGCACUCAAGAUCAAAAUAUAUUUCUUAUACCAUCCUGAGUAGUGUUUUGAAAUAUAAAUUUGUGACAUGAUAGCAAUAAAGAAUCCCAUUGUUUUUCCAG